UUGUUUGAUGGAGUUUUUUUCUUUUCUGUCAACAUAACAGAAACAAAGUAAACGAAUUAUAGAAGUGAACAGAGGAAACAGAGCAAAAACAUUGUGUUGAAGAAAACAUGUAUUUAAAUUGGAUCAAAAUCACUGAACGGGCGGCUGAUGGUAUAAAAAUCAUUAAUCAGCUUAAUGAUGAUACAUUCACAACGGUGAUCAAAUAUGUGCACAAAAACAUGUCUUUAUCCGGCGAAAAUGCAAAUGCUGACACCGAAGAUGAUGGCUUAGAAAAGCUUGAGAAACUUGUGAAUAUUGAAAGAGCCGAUUUUCUGCUGUUAAUCAAAACAUUGUCAUACAUUCUGAAACGUACGUCGACGUUCAUAAUGAAGCCAACAAAGUUACAAUCUGAACUGAAGGAAAAACUUCAAUUACAAGACAGUAAAAUCGAUGUUAUUAUGAAACUGUGGAUAAAAAAUAUGAAACCGAUUCUCGAUAAUUUGGAAAAUAAAGACGAACCAGGUCAAUCGAAUCAGCUGGAGCACAUUGGGUGGAAAUUAAAAUUGCAAUUAUCAUCGGAACCACAGCAAAAAGAGAAAAUACCGAUCGCUCAACUGCAAUUACAUACAUCAGUGGACAAUGUAAACAGUCAAAGUGGCGAACCGAUCAAUUUUGAAAUGAAUCAUGCCGAAUUAUUAGACCUAUACAAUCAAAUUGAAAAUAUUCAAACCGAAAUUGAUACAUUGCGGAAUGCAAAAUAAAUGUUUAAAAUUUUAAUGGGUCAAAUAAAUAAUGUAUAUUUG